AGAGAGGAGGAGGUCCCUGCCUCUAAAGUGUGUCUCUCUGGGGAGAGAGAGGAGGAGGGCCCUGCUUCUAAAAGGAGUCUCUCUGGGGUGAGAGAGGAGGGGGGCCCUGCCUCUAAAAGCAGACUCUCAGGGGAACAUGACACCAAAGCUAAGAGGGUCCAGCAGAAGAGACCAGACUCACCUGAACCCAGCUGUGUGUCCAUGAAGAGUGACCGGUCUAUGGAGCAGCCAAUCAAAUUCAGAAAAGGAGAUUGUACCACUGAUCCAGGGGUCCAGCAGAAGAGACCAGACUCACCUGAACCCAGCUGUGUGUCCAUGAAGAGUGACCAGUCUAUGGAGCAGCCAAUCAAAUUCAGAAAAGGAGAUUGUACCACUGAUCCAGGCUCUCUGCCAGAGGAUCAGUCCAGGUGUGCAGUGUGUGAGCAGGUGCAGAGGGAUCCAGUCUCUAUCACCUGUGGACACAGGUUCUGCAGACAGUGCAUCACCAGAUACUGGGAGAAACCUGCUCCUUCGGGAGACUAUGACUGUCCUCAGUGUAGAAAGAGAUCCAGAACACAUCCUGUACUACAGCACCUGAGUGAACCCAAUGAUGCAAGAGGCUCUGAAAACAUGGAUGACAGCCUGGAGAGAGCCAUAGUAAACCACAAAGACAGUCUGACAAGGAGGUAUGAAUGUGUGAUAGAAGGUAUGGAAAAAGCAGGGAAUCAAACUCCCCUCAACAGGAUUUACACAGAGCUCUACAUCACAGAAGGAGAGAGUGAAGGGGUUAACAAUGAACAUGAGGUGUGGCAGCUAGAGACAGCAUCCAGGACACCAACCUCACAUGACACAGCAAUCCACUGCAAUGACAUCUUUAAACCCUUACCUGGCCAAGAGAGAAGCAUCAGAACCGUGCUGACGAAGGGCGUCGCUGGCAUCGGAAAAACUGUCUCUGUGCAGAAGUUCAUCCUAGACUGGGCUGAAGGGAAGGCAAACCAAGAUGUCAAUAUCAUAUUUCUGCUUCCUUUCCGGGAGCUGAACUUGAUCAAAGAUCUCCAGUACAGUCUUCUCAGACUUUUAAAUGUGUUCCACACAGAACUAGACAUAGGCAAUGCAAAGAAACUCACUGCCUGUAAAGCUAUGUUCAUCUUGGAUGGUUUGGAUGAAAGCAGAUUUCCAUUGGAUUUCCAGCAUAUUGAAAUGAUGUCUGAUGUCACACAGGCAUCGUCUGUUGAUGUUCUGCUGACAAACCUCAUCAAGGGAAAUCUGCUUCCCUCUGCUCUCCUCUGGAUAACUACUCGACCUGCAGCAGCCAAUCAGAUCCCUUCAGGGUGUGUUGACCAGGUGACAGAGGUACGAGGGUUCAACGACCCACAGAAGGAGGAGUACUUCAGGAAGAGAUUCAGUGAUGAGGACCUGGCCAGCAGAAUCAUCUCACACAUAAAGACAUCAAGGAGCCUCCACAUUAUGUGCCACAUUCCAGUCUUCUGUUGGAUUUCUGCAAUAGUCCUUGAACACAUAUUGAGUAUAGACAAGAGGAGAGAGAUGCCCACGACUCUGACUGAGAUGUCCAUACACUUCCUGCUCAUUCAGACCAGCCUGAAGAACCAGAAGUAUCAUGGAAGAGAUGAGAUGGAUCAAGAGGAGCUCAUGGAGUCAGAUAAGGAAAUUCUUCUAAAGCUGGGUAAGCUGGCAUUUGAGAAUCUGGAGAAGGGUAAUCUCAUGUUCUAUGAAGAAGACCUGAAAGAGUGUGGCAUUGAUGUCAAAGAAGCCUCAGUGUACUCAGGAUUGUGCACACAAAUCUUUAAAGAAGAGUCUGUGUUAUUUCAGAGAGUGGUGUACUGCUUUAUUCAUCUGAGCAUUCAGGAGUUUCUCUCAGCUGUCUACAUGUACCAUUGUUACACAACCAAGAACAUGGAUGAACUGAAGCCCUUCCUCAAGAGAAAGUCUAGAGCCGCGUCUGAAGAGCUAACCUUGCAUGACCUGCUGAAGAGUGCUGUGGAUAAAGCCUUGGAGAGUAAGAAUGGACACCUGGACCUUUUUGUCCGCUUCCUUCAUGGCAUGUCACUGGAGUCCAAUCAGAAACUCCUACGAGGUCUGGUGACACAGACAGAAAGCAGUCCAGAGAGCGUCCAGAAAACGAUCCGAUCCCUUAAGGUGAUGCAGAGGAAGAACAUCUCCCCUGAGAGGUGCAUCAAUCUCUUCCACUGUCUGAUAGAGAUGAAAGACCAUUCAGUACAGGAGGAAAUCCAAGAGUACUUGAGGUCAGAGGACAGAUCCAAAAACCUCACACUUGCUCACUGUUCAGCGUUGGCCUACAUGCUGCAGAUAUCAGAGGAGGUUCUGGAUGUGUUUGACCUGAAGGAAUACAAGACAUCACAGGAGGGUCGUAGGAGACUGCUCCCAGCUGUGAGGCACUGCAGGAAAGCUCUACUCACUGGCUGUAAACUCACAGACACGUCCUGUGAAGUGUUGCUCUCAGCUCUCAGUUCAAACUCCUCACACCUGAGAGAGCUGGAUCUGAGUAACAAUGACCUGAACGAUUCAGGAGUGAAGCUCCUCUCUGCUGGACUGGGGAAUCCCCACUGUAAACUGGAGACUCUGAGACUGUCAGGCUGUCUAGUCACAGAUGAAGGCUGUUCUUCUCUGGUCUCAGCUCUGAAGUUAAACCCCUCACACCUGAGAGAGCUGGAUCUGACUAACAAUGACCUGAAGGAUUCAGGAGUGAAGCUCCUCUCUGCUGGACUGGGGAAUCCCCGCUGUAAACUGGAGACCCUGAGGCUGUCAGGCUGUCUAGUCACAGAGGAAGGCUGUGCUUCUCUGGUCUCAGCUCUGAGGUCAAACCCCUCACACCCGAGAGAGCUGGAUCUGAGUAACAAUGACCUGAAGGAUUCAGGAGUGAAGCUGCUCUCUGCUGUACUGGGGAAUCCCCACUGUAAACUGGAAACUCUGAGACUGUCAGGCUGUCUAGUCACAGAGGAAGGCUGUGCUUCUCUGGUCUCAGCUCUGAAGUUAAACCCCACACACUUGAGAGAGCUGGAUCUGAGUAACAAUGACCUGAAGGAUUCAGGAGUGAAGCUGCUCUCUGCUGGACUGGGGAAUCCCCACCGUAAACUGGAGACUCUGAGACUGUCAGGCUGUCUAGUCACAGAGGAAGGCUGUGCUUCUCUGGUCUCAGCUCUGAGGUCAAACCCCUCACACCUGAGAGAACUGGACCUGAGCUACAAUCACCCAGGAGACUCAGGAGUCAGACUGCUCUCUGCUGGACUGGAGGAUCCACACUGCAGACUGGAGAAACUCAAUGUGGAACAUGGUGGAGAGCACACAAUGAAACCUGGGCCUAGAAAAUAUGCCUGUGAUCUCACACUGGACCCAAACACAGUAAACAGACUCCUCUCUCUGUCUGAGGAGAACAGAAAGGUGACGUGUAGGAGAGAGGAGCAGCCAUAUCCUGAUCACCCAGAGAGAUUUCAGGACCAUAAACAGGUGCUGUGUAGAGAGGGUCUGACUGGGCGCUGUUAC